UUUCCCCUUCCUCCCUCCCUGCCGGGGGGAAAAACAGUUCUAACGAGAGUCACUUUGUAGUUUUAGCUCCCAUUCAAAUACUCCCAGCCCCAGAGGCUGCAGAUCCCCCACGAGUCUUGCGCGUGGUCUGCGGGGACUUCGCUGCUCGGCUGGAUGCCCCUGGUCCUCACCGCCUGGACCUAUGAGUUUGCAGAAGAGUGUCUUCCCCGGGACUCCGGCCGUGGCAGCUAAGUUGGGCUCCUCUGCUGCCCAGCAGCCCAGGCCGGGAGAACAGGAGAGGAAGAAGCGCGGCUUGGCUUCCUCUCUGAGGAUGGAUCCCCAUAGCCGCUCUGGAAAGAGCCGAAAAUCCACAAGAUUUCGCUCCAUCUCCCGCUCCCUGAUGCUCUGUAAUGCCAAGACCAGUGAUGACAGCUCUAGUCCUGAUGAGAAGUCCCUGGAUCCCCUCGAAGUAUCACUGGGCCAGGGCAAGGACAGGUUCCUCCACUCCUCUGCGCAGCUCGCCGACACUUCGGAGGCCAGGAUCAGCAGUAUUCCUGAUCUGGCACUGGCCUCAGACACAGCUCAACUCCAAGCAGCCAGCAGUGAUCGAGGCAAGAACUGUAGAAGGAUGUUCUUCAUGAAGGAAUCUUCUACCAUUUCCUCUAAAGAAAAGCCCGGAAAGCUAGAAGCGCAAAGUAGCAACUUCUUGUUUCCUAAAGCCUGCCACCAAAGGACACGCAGCAACUCCACCAGUGUUAAUCCCUAUUGCACAGGAGAAAUUGAUUUUCCAAUGUCCAAGAAAUCUGCAGCUCCCACGGACAGACAGCCAUAUUCUCUCUGUAGCAACAGGAAGUCCCUGUCUCAACAACUGGACUGUCCAGCUAUGGGCGCUUCCAAACCAACUCGAUCGCUGAGCACAGCUCAGCUUGGGCAGCCAUCUGGGGGCCUGCAGGCUUCCGUCAUCUCCAACAUUGUGUUGAUGAAGGGCCAGGCGAAGGGCCUGGGCUUCAGCAUUGUUGGGGGAAAGGACAGCAUUUACGGACCCAUUGGGAUUUAUGUCAAAACCAUCUUUGCGGGGGGAGCAGCAGCAGCAGAUGGAAGACUCCAGGAAGGUGAUGAAAUUUUGGAACUCAAUGGUGAAUCAAUGGCUGGACUAACACACCAGGAUGCUUUGCAAAAGUUCAAGCAAGCCAAGAAGGGCCUGCUGACCCUGACCGUGCGCACCCGCCUCACAGCACCCCCUGCCCUGGGCAGCCACCUGUCACCCCCGCUCUGCCGCUCCCUGAGUUCCAGCACGUGUGGCGCCCAGGACAGCAGCCUCUUCUCCUUGGAAAGGCCAGCGUCCCCUGCCAACACCACCAAACCCAACUACAGAAUCAUGGUGGAGGUUUCUCUGAAGAAAGAGGCUGGCGUUGGCCUGGGAAUCGGUCUGUGCAGCAUCCCUUACUUCCAGUGCAUCUCGGGGAUCUUCGUGCACACGCUGUCUCCGGGAUCCGUGGCACACCUGGAUGGACGGUUGCGGUGUGGUGACGAGAUCGUGGAAAUCAACGAUUCACCCGUGCACUGCAUGACCCUCAAUGAAGUCUAUACCAUCCUGAGCCACUGUGAGCCUGGCCCAGUGCCCAUCAUUGUCAGCCGGCAUCCGGACCCACAGGUUUCUGAGCAGCAACUCAAGGAAGCUGUGGCUCAAGCUAUGGAGAGCCUAAAGUUUGGAAAGGAGAGACACCAGUGGAGCUUGGAAGGCGUCAAAAGGCUGGAGAGCAGCUGGCAUGGGCGGCCCACCUUGGAGAAGGAACGUGAGAAGCACUCGGCCCCUCCGCACCGCAGAGCCCAGAAGGUCAUGGUCCGUUCGAGCAGCGACAGCAGCUACAUGUCUGGCUCGCCGGGCAGCAGUCCCUGCAGCGUUGGCGCCGAGCCGCGGCCCUCGGAGCGCGAAGGCGGCAGGCGCAGUCCCUGCCUGGCCCUAGCACAGGAGCAAAGCCCGGGUCCUGGGGUUCCACCCAGGCCGCUCCAGGACAGCCCGCCCCUCCCCGAGAACCUGGACAGGGUCAGCCACCCGCCACUGAGAGUGAAAAAAUCCUUUGAGAUUUUGGUGAGAAAGCCAACAUCCUCCAAGCCUAAGCCUCCACCCAGAAAAUACUUUAAAAGUGACAGCGAGCCUCAGAAGAGUCCGGAAGAGAAAGAGAAUGCUACAGACUCCUCCCGGCCCAUCUUGCCCACCUGCGGUCAGGAAGCCAGAGAGCUGCUGCCAACCCCGCUGCCACAGGAAGACACAGCGGGGAAGACCCCCUGCGCUGCCGCCUGCUGCCCGGGACCAGCAGUUAGCAGACAGACUGUGACCCCUUCUGAGGGCGCUCCAAGGAGGAGAGCCAGCCCAGUGACCCAAGUAUCCCCAGUAAAGCACCCGCUGCUGAAGAGGCAGGCGCGGAUGGACAAUAGCUUUGAUACCACAGCUGAAGACCCUUGGGUUAGAAUUUCAGACUGCAUCAAAAACUUAUUUAGCCCCAUCAUGAGUGAGAACCAUGGCCACAUGCCACUUCGGCCUAACAUCAGCCUGGGUGAAGAAGACAGGACACGGGGACACCCAGAGGUGGCCCUUUCAAAGCUGGAUGCUGGUAACGGUGCUCCCAAAGUUUACAAGUCAUUAGACAGCAGUGCUGUGAAGAAGGGGCCCCCUGUGGCCCCCAAGCCAGCCUGGUUUCGCCAAAGCUUGAAAGGUUUGAGGAAUCGUGUCCCAGACUCAAGAAGAUUGCCCGAAGCAGCCCCAUCCACCCAGUCGACACCCACUUCCAGGGAGGCCUUGGAGCCACACUCACGGGUCUCCUCCUCCUCUUCCAUCAAGCAGAGAAUCAGCUCCUUUGAAAACCUGGGAGCCUCCCAACUGCCUGACAGAGGAGCCCAGAGACUGAGCCUACAGCCCAGCUCUGGAGGAGCCCCAACGCCUCCAGUGAAGCAAGAGGGAGGACAGUUUUCUGGCCUCCUGGGGCGAGAGGCACCAGUCUCUGCUAAGCCCAGGCAAGGAAAUAGAGAGCAGCUCUCGACGGGUGUCCCUGCCACCUCAGAGGCCGGUGACCCAGGUGUGUCUGAGUCCCCUCCACCAGGCCAGAAAGCCCUCUCUUCAGACCUGGACCCUCUCGUGAGGCUGCUGACCACACAGACUGAGGACAGUCUGGGCCCAGCCGUCAAGAUGCCAGGCCAGCGGGCACGGAGCUUCCCCUUGACCAGGACCAAGUCUUGUGAGACGAAGCUGCUGGAUGAAAAGACCAGUAAGCUCUACUCCAUAAGCAGCCAGGUGUCGUCAGCUGUCAUGAAAUCCCUGCUGUGCCUUCCAUCUUCGGUCUCCUGUGGCCAGAUCACCUGCGUCUCCAAAGGGAGGGCAUCUCCAAAGCCACCUUCCCACGCUGACUCAGCUGCAGAGGGCCCCACUGAAGUGGCUGCCACUGACACAGGGUUCUCUCUCAACCUUUCAGAGCUGAGAGAGUACUCAGAAGGCCUCACCGAGCCCAGAGAAGCAGAGGACAGAGACCACUGUUCCUGUCAACCUGGCCAAUCAGUUAUCUCCCUGCUGAGCUCAGAAGAACUGAAAAAGCUCAUCGAGGAAGUGCGAGUUCUGGAUGAAGCGACGUUGAAGCAAUUAGACAGCAUUCACGUAACUGUCUUACACAAGGAGGAAGGUGCUGGCCUUGGGUUCAGCUUGGCAGGAGGAGCGGAUCUUGAGAACAAGAUGAUCACGGUUCACAGAGUGUUUCCAAAUGGGCUGGCCUCUCAGGAAGGCACCAUUCAGAAGGGCAACGAGGUUCUUUCCAUCAAUGGCAAGUCACUCAAAGGGGCCACCCACAACGAUGCCCUGGCCAUCCUCCGCCAAGCUCGAGACCCGAGGCAAGCUGUGAUCGUCACCAGGAGGUCUACUCCAGAGACCACACAUGACCUGGAUUCCUCCACAGAUUCUGCAGCAUCAGUUUCCACAGCCGGAGAUGCUUCUGUAGAAUCUACUGAUGUCAUCAUCUGCACAGUGACCCUGGAGAAGACCUCUGCUGGCCUGGGCUUCAGCCUGGAGGGAGGGAAGGGCUCUCUGCAUGGAGACAAGCCACUCACCAUCAACAGACUUUUCAAAGGGGCGGAACAGAGCGAGACAGUCCAGCCAGGUGACGAAAUCUUGCAGCUGGCGGGCACUGCUAUGCAAGGCCUCACCCGUUUUGAAGCCUGGAAUGUCAUCAAAGCAUUACCAGAUGGACCUGUCGCCAUCGUCAUCAGGAGGAAAGGCCUCCAACCCAAGAAGACAACCACCGCUGGGGAUUCCUAGGCAGGCCGCCAACCCUACAGACCAAGCAACAGCACGAACUUCCCAUAGCUGCUGAUUCUCAGGGUCUCUGCUGCCCACCUCACCCUGGCUGGGCAAAACUCAGUGUGCUUCCAAUGGCUGAUAGACCUGGACCUUCUAGUACAACUUCCCACCAAGAGGGCUGUCCUACACAUCAGGAAAGGGACAAUACUGGGGAGGGUGAUGCAAACUGUAGACUGUAUAUAGAGAGCUUAGUGACUAUGUUUUGGUGCCCGAAUAAAUUCUACAUAUUACAGUUUGCCAUGAA